UUGCCCCAGAACCCUAUCUGGCCAGUCGGCGACGAAGGAACCUUUAGGAUGGCGGCGGCGCUCCGGAGACUCGCGGGUAGCGCGUCGCUGGAGGCGGCGCGUGGACUGGCCUCCGGCAUCCGCGGGCUCCACCCGCCGGCGGCGGUUUCCAGGAUCCAGGCGCGGCGCCUCCGCUCCGAGGCCACGCCGAAGAGCCCUCUCGUCCAGAUCGCCGAGACCAAGGAGGAGCUCUACCGUCUCAUGGCCGACAACGCCGAGCUGAUCGGCCGGGGGAACCUGGGCCUGGUCAAGCAGCUCGCUCUUCACGUCGAGCCGAAACCCCAUGACCCCACCUGGCGCUUCUAUCGCAGGGCAAAGAUGGUCAACACGACAUUGUUCUAUUCCUGCUUCUUGUUUGGUGGCGUCAUUUCUGCGUAUCACCGGUCCGAGGAGUAAGCUCAGGCUGCGAGCAAGCGAGAGUUGGCCGAUCGGCACCUUGUCUGACAGAGACGACUACUAAUAAUCCCCUAUGUAUUAUGUCCCCCAUCCAUCCAUGUGUUGAUGUAGUGCUCUAUCUGGACCUUCUUUGACUGCUUGGUAAGACUAGAUUAUCUGGGAUGCUGGCUGAAGUGGCAUGUUCUUAUAUGUUCGGUGCCUCCUGGUCUGUUGUAUGUUUUGUCAAGGAUAUGUGGGAAUCAUAAAGAAUCGUUGGAACA